CGGCGCUCACCGCCUCGGUCCCGCCCUCCUCGGCGACCUGCAAGUCCGUCCCCUUUGCUAGCUUGGGGCCCGCGAGGCCUACGGAUUUGGAACUUCCCUUCUGGCGGGCCGGAAGGUUGGCGGUUCGGUCCCAGGGUCCCGACGCGUCCUGCGUUCCUUUCUCGGUCCCGCGGCGCGGCCGUUGGAGGCGGCGCGGCCCAGAAGCGCGUGGCGAAUCUGCCACGGCGAAUCGGCGGGCGUGGCGCCGGCGGCCUCGCGAGAGCGCGGCUCAGACAGAGGCGGCGCGACGGGGCUGGCAGGCUAAGGGCCGCGGGCGGAGAACGGGCAGCUCAGCGGCGGGGGGCCGGUCGGGCCCCGCGGCUCCACCAUGACGGGCCGCGUAUGCCGCGGCUGCGGCGGCACGGACAUCGAGUUGGACGCGGCGCGCGGCGAUGCAGUGUGCACGGGCUGCGGCUCGGUGCUCGAGGACAACAUCAUCGUGUCCGAGGUGCAGUUCGUGGAGAACAGCGGCGGCGGCUCGUCGGCGGUCGGCCAGUUCGUGUCGCUGGACGGUGCUGGCAAAACCCCAACCCUAGGAGGUGGCUUCCAUGUGAACUUGGGAAAGGAGUCAAGAGCACAAACCCUACAGAAUGGUAUUGUCCACUUCAGUGUUGCUGGCCAUGGGGUGGGACAGGAGAGGGAGAUAGGACAAGAUCCUGGGGUGAGGGCGGCGCCACAUCCACCACUUGGGAAGCCAGCUGCAGCUGAACCAGCACUGCCUGGACACAGCCUUCAACUUCUUCAAGAUGGCUGUAAGCAAGCAUCUGACCCGAGGACGGAAAAUGGCCCAUGUGAUUGCUGCCUGCCUCUACUUGACAUGCUCCUCGACCUCAGCGACCUGCUCCAGGUGAAUGUGUACGUGCUGGGGAAGACGUUCCUGCUCUUGGCGAGGGAGCUCUGCAUCAACGCACCGGCUAUAGACCCAUGCUUAUACAUUCCACGCUUUGCUCAUCUGCUGGAAUUUGGGGAGAAGAACCAUGAGGUAUCCAUGACAGCCCUGAGGCUUCUGCAGAGAAUGAAGAGGGAUUGGAUGCAUACAGGCCGGCGCCCUUCUGGCCUCUGUGGAGCAGCACUUUUGGUUGCAGCCAGAAUGCAUGAUUUCCGGAGAACUGUCAAAGAAGUCAUCAGUGUGGUCAAAGUGUGUGAGUCCACACUACGGAAGAGGCUCACAGAAUUUGAAGACACUCCAACCAGUCAGCUCACCAUUGAUGAGUUUAUGAAGAUUGACCUGGAAGAGGAGUGUGACCCUCCCUCAUACACAGCUGGACAGAGGAAACUGCGCAUGAAGCAGCUGGAACAGGUCCUGUCAAAAAAGCUAGAAGAAGUUGAAGGUGAAAUAUCCAGUUACCAGGAUGCCAUUGAAAUUGAGCUAGAAAACAGCCGGCCAAAGGCAAAAGGGGCUCUUGCCAACUUGUCAAAGGAUGGCUCCGGUGAGGACGCCACAUCCAGCCCGUUUUGUGAGGAGGACACGGAGGAUGAGGAGCUGGAGGCUGCUGCCAGCCACAUGAACAAGGACUUUUACCGAGAGCUCCUGGGGGAUGAUGGCGGCUCAGAAGCAGCAGAAGGCCCUGAUGGGGGCAGCAGGCCCCUCGCCCUGGAGUCCCUCCUUGGGCCCUUGCCCACAGCAGCCAGCCUGGGCAUCUCCGAUUCCAUCCGAGAGUGUAUCUCCUCCCCAAGUGGGGAUCCCAAAGACACUUCAGAGGACGGGGAGCUGGACCUCAGUGGCAUCGAUGACCUUGAGAUUGACAGAUACAUCCUGAAUGAGUCAGAAGCCCGGGUAAAAGCUGAGUUGUGGAUGCGGGAGAAUGCUGAGUACCUGCGGGAACAGAGGGAGAAAGAAGCAAGAAUAGCAAAGGAGAAGGAGCUUGGCAUCUAUAAGGAGCACAAGCCCAAGAAGUCUUGCAAACGCCGGGAGCCCAUAUUGGCCAGCACAGCUGGGGAGGCGAUCGAGAAGAUGCUGGAACAGAAGAAAAUCUCCAGCAAGAUCAACUACAGUGUGCUGCGGGACCUGAACAGCAAGGGUGGGGGCAGCCCACCCAGGGAGGACUCGCAGCCCCCAGAGCGUGCCAGCACCAAGAAGCUGUCACGGAGGAAAAGAGCCGCUGGCAGGAAUAGUGCUGACCCGGGGACAAGCGUGGGCAAGAGGUUGAGGCCUCUGGUGUCUACACAGCCAGCUAAGAAGGCAGCUGUGGGAGAGGCCUUGCUCUUAAGUCCCCCUGCCCUGGGAGCUGAGCCCAUCAAGCCAUCAGCAGUGUUGGUGGAGAGUGGCCCUGUGUCGUACCAUCCUGAGGAGGAUGCAGACGAGGAGGACGCCGAAGAAGAGGAUGGAGAGCCUUGCGUCAGUGCUCUGCAGAUGAUGGGUGGCAAUGAUUACGGCUGUGAUGGUGACGAGGAUGAUGGCUACUGAGUGGACCUCAAGGCCAGGCAGCAUCCUGGUGCUAAACUCCAAGUGUUUUAUGGGGCUCACAGGCAUGGUUUCUGGGACUCAACCAGUCAAGCACUGCCCCACUUGAUUUGAAGCACUCUUCCCAUGGCCACACCAUGGCCCCCAUCAUACUUACUGUUGGGAAUCAUGUUUUGAGCAAUGUACAGAGUAUUUUUGCCCAGCAAAGGAAGCCAGCUGUGUGUUUAUGUGUAAUGAAACAUGGUCAGGGAGUAGCUAGGUCAGGAUCCCACUUCAUGGCCUAGCCUUGUAGUCAUUGAUUCACCAGAAAUCCUCAGGCAGGCUCUGAGCUCCUGUCAUAAGGAGAUGGCAGCACAAAGGGGCUACACUCAUGAAGUAGAACCUUGGUCUUAGCCUGCUGCCAGUGUUCUCUGCCCACCCUUCACACCCUGGAAGGAUAGGGGUUGGGCAGAAGACAUGUGGCAGUUACUGCUCUGUGCUUAGCAGCUGUAGUCUGGAGCACCUGCCUUUAACUGCAGCCCCAGCUCCCUGUUGAGGUGGACACGAGCUCUCUACCAUCUCUAAUGCACCGUCUGAACCACCAGGAGCAUUAUAGGCCUCAGCCUCUUGCUUAGGACUUAUGAGUUGUGCACCCAGGAGCUCUUGAGGCUGCCCAGUAGCAGAUUAGUCCAGUUCAUCAGCAGCGCUCAGAAAGUGGAGACCAGCAAACUACAUGCAUCUGCAUGCAGCUUCCUACUAAUGUCCAGACGACCUCUGUGGAGUGCUGGGUUAUGGCCCUGCCCUGUCACCUGGAACGGAGCCCUCUGUCAAGAAAGCCUGCAAGCUGUUUCCUCACGAGAAGGCCAGGACUGUCCUCAGUGCACUUAACUCGGGCCUUCCUUUCCUGGAUGCAGCCCUGGAUGUGAGUCUUCACUACCUGGGCUGAGGCAGAAUAUUUGACUCUUUCGAAUCAAGAGGUGGGGGGGCAGACUGCAGAUGGAAGUAGAUAGAUGGGACAGAUACGGAGUGAUUUGGAUGAGAGGAUUGCAAAAGGCUUUUAGAUUGUGUAUGGGAGUGUGGAACUAUAAUCAAGGGUCCAUCCUAGGGUGGGACCAGCUUCACAAGAGUGAGGUCACAAUCAUGGUAGGCAGCCAUGACACUGGUCCAGAGUAUUUUUAGGAUGUUUGUAUGCUUAUAUGUGACAGGACUUGCCUAUGGUGUGGAGAGAGUACCGGAUUGAGGGGUGGAGGUAAGGAAAGUAUCCUGAACAGAAGCUGAGCCCUGCUCCCCAGCUCUGCCUGUCUGUCAUGAGAAAGCAGGAAGGGGGUGUUGUCAAUGCUGAAAAUGAGCAAGAGCCAGUAGGGCUGAAAUGGUCUUGUGAGGAGAGGGCUGAAGAAAGUCAGGGCAGAGGGAAGGGGCCGUAUCUACUGUCCCUGGAAGAUGGGUGAGUAGCAUAGUGGGCGGAUCCUGAAAUGGUUGAGACCUGUGUCACGUGGUUGAGAGGCCCAGGUGCUGAGGAGUAAGGUCCCAGUAGGGGGCAGCCGUGAAGUGGGCAAGGGUACCUCUGAGCUGAGGGCACCGCUUUGUAUGUGAGCCGCCACCAGCACUCAUGUGAGGCUAAAGAGGCAUUGGGUCUGUGUGACCCUGUUCUGCAUACAGUUGGUUUAUUUCUAUGUGCUCUUUUCUGACUGAGGUUACCACAGCAUGAUCCCCCUGCCUCAGAUCUUCCCAGAAUGCAGAGCAGUGCCUUAGGCAGCCUCCUGGGGCAGAACCAGGCCUCACCAUACUGGACCUUCAAAGAGGGAAGAGGGGGUCCAUUGGAUCCUGCAUUCUAGACUGGGACCCUGUCCAGGGUUCUUGCCAGCCACCUGAACUGAGGUACCUAGUACUUAGUGGUCACCACCAUCUUCGGCAAACUGGGUGAUCACCGGGGCAGGACAGUAGCAGUCAGCAAGGUUCCCGGUAGCCUGCACAUCUGAGCUUAGCGUGGGCGCCUGUCUCUAGACGUAACCGGGGCUGCUUACAGGAGCUGGGCCACAGAACAGAGGUCACAGCAGUACAAGGAAGUGAGGGACUGUUCCCACUUGUGGCUCUUCUAUCCUGAGCCAUUGGGCCCAGUGAGAACCAUGUGCAGCCUACCCUGGACCCCAGGUUCCUGUCCAGCUGCUUUACCUAACUGUAUACCUACUGGAGCAGGAGUGAAAUAAGCCCUGUGGGGGUGGGACACUCCUUUUAUACCUAGUUAGAAGGUAGAGAAUGAGCUCUGACCAUGUACCUCCUUUGGUCAUGUCCUUGGUAUUUGCCUCGCAAGUGCCUGGAUUAAAGGUGUGCACCCCCUGUGUCCGGCUCCUUA